GGUGCAACGUCAAACAGCUCAGCGAGAUCAGAGUCCCCCCUUUACUGAGCGACAAGUUACUUUUUACGAUUAUUUACUUUGUUAGUAAAAUUUCUUGUCACAAGUAGCACCUUCAGUGCUGACGCAGAAUUAAGCCGUCUAGUCAGGAAAAGAGUUUCCAGAGGAUAGCUAUUUUUGGGGGGUUUGUCUGAGAGUUCCUUUCAGGUCAGCUGCAGACAGCGAGAGCAAGAUCCACUAAACCAAAGCAGCUGUUCCAUUUCUAUCCCAACCCCCAAUAUGAGGUAGAGGACUUGGGUUCAGGGUAAUUAAUGCUCACACCUGUUGAAACCCGACCCACAGCUGCACCAGUCGCCCAAGAGUAAUCGGAGAUGGAGAAAGGUGGACAGGCAUAUCUUUAGGCAGGAACAAGCAACAGCUCCAUGGAAAGAAACACCCAUUACAAUUCAAUUCUGGACAGAAACAAGCGUAUCGCAUGGCAAGAGGACUGCUAUGUUGACCUCCAGUCUACCCCCACCUCAACUUCCACCAAGGGAGAGAUGGAAGAUGUGGGCUGGAUUCAGAAACAUCAGGGGCAUCUGCAGCGCUUCAUUACCACUCCCCUCCUGGAGGGGGCGCUGUUCCACAUGAGGAAGCUGGAACUGCUGAGCCAGGAUGAGGAGGCCCAGGUACAGGCUGGGGGGCAGCUGCAGGAGCAGGUGGGCACCCUUACCUCCAUCCUGGCCAGCAUGGACCCCCAGGGCUCCAACGCUCUCCAGGCCUUCCUUGAGAACUCUGACUCCCAGAUGUACAGGCUCAUCACGAUGCACGAUCCCAUGGUUCAGGAGCACAAGGAGGCUCUUCUGUUGCAGUAUCCCACACCAAGUGACAGCCUCUCCCCUGGCCCCUGUAGCCCAGAAUUCUCCUCCUCCAGAAUCUUGCUCCUGGUCGACGGCCUAUCGGACCUCCAGCAGAAGGAGCAUGACCUCAUGCAGGUGGAGGCCACCCGUGGGGCGCGGAGACACCACGUCAGACAGCUGGCCCUGGCCAAACUCCUGGAGCCCCUCACACGGGUCAGCCUGCCCCCCAGGGUCUCACUCACUGUGGGAGUGGCCGGCAUCGGCAAGAGCACCCUUGUGGGACAUUUUGUACGCCUUUGGAGCAGAGGUGAGAUCUGCACAGACGUGAGUUUUGUCUUGCCCUUUGCCUUCUGGGAGCUGAACACUGGGGAGAAGCUGUCGGCCGAAAGACUGGUGAAGCUGGCCUUCCCUCACAUGACGGACCCCAGCCUGGUGCUGAGUGGUACAUGUCGGACAUUGCUGAUCUUCGACGGUCUGGACGAGUUCCGUUGUCCUCUGGACUUCUCGGAGACUGUGCCUUGCACAGACCCCAAGAAGGAGGUGUCGGUGGACGACUUGGUCACCAACAUCAUCCGGGGCAACCUGCUCCCCGAAGCAGCGGUGUGGGUGACCUCCAGGCCGGCGGUGGCCUCGUUGAUUCCUGGGGGACUAGUGGACAGGUUGACCGAGAUCCCCGGAUUCAGCCCGAAGGAAAUUCGGCUGUUCUUGAGCCACAACUUCCCUAAGGGAGAUACUGCCAGUCAGAUAUGGACUCACUUGGAGUCCAACAAGAUCUUCAUGGUGAUGUCUUACAUGCCUUGCAUUUGCUGGAUAGUGGCGGUUACCUUUGGGUACCUGUUGGAGAGUGGCUGGCAGGAGGGCCUUCCCAGGACCUGCACUGAGCUCUACUCCCACUUCUGUGCUAUGAGAGCCGAAGCAGGUGAGCCCAGAGGCAGAGAGCCUAUCAAGAUGGACCAGCUUAACGGGAACAACCGCAAGCUGCUGGGAAGUCUGGGCCGACUGGCCUUCUACGGACUUCUGAAGCACAAAUACACCUUCAGUGAGCAGGACAUGAGGGCCUAUGGAGUAGACCUUCCAUCCACCCAGGGUGGCCUCGGAACUGGAGUACUGAUCCGCGAGGAAUCCCCGAGUUGUGUGGCCUACCGCUUCACCCACCUGACUGUGCAGGAAUUCUUAGCAGCCACGUACUACCACAUCUGCUCCAAACGUGCCAUCUUUGACCUGUUCAGCGAGAGUGCCAUGUCCUGGCCCAAGAUCGGCUUCCAGAACCACUUCAGGAGCGCCCUGCAGCGAUCCCAGCAGGCAGAGGAUGGUCACCUGGAUGUGUUUGUGCGAUUCCUGGCGGGGUUGCUGUGUCCAGCGGCAGUGCGGCCGCUGGCAGGCCUGCUGGCCCAGGGGAAGGACGAUGGGGGCCAAAGGGUUUGGGCGGCUGGGCUGCUGCAGGACCUCCUGGGCAGCGGUGGUGCUGUGGUGUCACUACGCUCAGUGAACGUGGCCUACUGCCUGCAGGAGCUGCAGCACACAGAGGUGCUACGCAGCGUGGAGGAGGACCUGCGCUGUGGCGACCUGGGAUGGAAGCUGACACGGACACACUGCACAGCGCUGGCCUACCUGCUACAGGUGUCUCCAGAGUGCAGCGAGGAGACCAAUCUGUCGGCAUGUCUGGACUACUCCACUGUCAAAAGCCUGCUGCCUCAGCUGCUCUUCUGCAGCCAUCUCAGAUUGGAAAAUAACAAUUUUAAAGAUGAUGUCAUGGAACUGCUGGGAAGCUUACUGAGUGCAAAGGACUGCCACCUUCAGAAGAUAAGUCUGGCAGAGAACGCUAUCAGCAACAAAGGGGCCAAGGCCCUGAGUCGAGCACUACUGGUUAACCGGACGCUAAUUACACUUGAUCUCCGUAGCAACAACAUUGGAUCUAAAGGCGCCAAGUUUCUAGCAGAAGCCCUCAAAAUGAAUCAGGUCCUGGUGUCCAUCAAUUUCCAAAAUAAUCUCAUUGAGGAGGAGGGCGCUCGGGCCCUGGCUGAGGUGCUGCUGUCCAACCGCAAACUUGUCUCGCUGAAUGUACAGAAGAAUUGUAUUGGAGCAGAUGGAGCCAAGAGGAUUGCAGAAGCGCUAAAGACAAACCGGACACUUACAGAACUGAUUCUGAGCAGUAACCAGCUGGGGGACAAAGGCACUGCAGCCCUGGCCCAGGCCCUGACCGUCAACCACAGCCUCCACUCGCUGCACCUGCAGAGUAACUCCAUCAGUAACAAAGGGAUGACUGCGUUAACCAAGGCUCUGCGGUUGAACCGUGGACUCAUCUGUCUGAACCUGCGCGAGAACUCAAUCGGGGUGGAGGGGGCGAAGGAUAUGGCCAGGGCACUGCAGGAGAACAGCUCUCUCCGGCACCUGGAUCUUACAGCCAACCUGCUGCACGAUGAGGGGGUGAAAGCCAUAGCUGGAGCUGUGAAGGUCAACCGAGCGCUUACUACUUUACGUCUCCAGUGGAAUUUCAUCAAGUGCACAGCCACUAAAUCCUUGGCCCACGCCCUACUCACCAACUCUACCAUGCAGCUACUAGAUCUACAGGAAAAUGCCAUUGGGGAUGAAGGAGUGGUAGCUCUGGCAGGAGCCCUGAAGACCAAUACGUCUCUCUGUACAUUGUGUCUCCAGGGUGUAUCAGCAGGCAGGAGUGGAGCCAUCUCAAUGGCCGAGGCUCUUAUGGUCAACAAAACCCUGCACACUCUGGACCUACGAGGGAACUCCAUAGGAAUGGAGGGAGCCAAGGCUUUGGCUAAUGCACUGAAGACAAACAGAACACUCAAAUCAUUAAAUCUGCAGGAGAACUCUCUGGGAAUGGAUGGAGCCAUAUUCAUCGCCACAGCCCUGAAAGGAAACCACCAGCUAACUUAUAUAAACUUGCAGGGGAACAGCAUCGGAGAGUCGGGAGCAAAGGUAAUCUCCGAUGCCAUCAGAACCAACUCUCCAGACUGUGUGGUGGAGAUCUGACCUCAAGGGACGCCAGAGGUCAAAGGCCAUCUGGCCCCAGGGGCUUUUUCAGGAGGGUUAAACAUUACAGUACAUUGAUAUAUAACAUGCGUUGUAUAGAACCAUCAUUCUCGUGCCCGCUCAAUACUUUGCAAUGUUCUGAACACAUUUCACCCUUCUGAACACAUCCAUUGCCCAUGGAGAAGUCUUGGUCUUUGCAAUGGACAAGAAUUGCAGAGGCUACCCAUCAGCCCGGCUCAUUGGACCUAGCUUCUGACGGACAGCCACAAAGACAAACCGCAGGGAUAUAUUUGUUGUAGGUCUUAUUUUAAGAUCUAUUACAUUGGUACGGUCGUUGGAAUUGUGUAUAUUAAUACCGACUGACAUUUAAAUAUUAUUUAUGUACAUUUAUUUUCCUAAUAAACAUGUCUUAAAGCAGCUACAUA